AUGUAAAACAUAAAUUAUCAAGAUAGCAAAUUUUAGUUUGAAUGUUUUAGAAAGCAUCUUCUUAAGGAUGUCCUUUAUUAUGGAUACCUAUUACCAAACUAUCUAAUUUUGACAACAGUAAAAUGAUUACUUAUAAAUAAUAGACAAAAUAGUCAUAAACACCAAAAUAUAAGGUGCCAUUAUUAUUAACAACUUAAAUAUAAUUCAUUAUUAAAUAGCCUACAUUUGAGGUUGAAUAGUUUGGAUUCUUAUAUAAAGAGUAAUUCAAAUAUUUUUAUGCUAAUCCAAAAAAUAUAUUGUAACUUAAAGAACUUAUGGCUUGUUAAGCAAUGUUUAAAGAAAUUAGUGAUUUUUAUCAACCAAUAAGUAUGUUGGGUAGAGGAGGUUCUUCAAAAGUAUAUUAUGUGAUAUACUUUUUAGGUUUAUUUGGUGAUGAAAAAAAACUCUAAAGAUCAAUAUGCUUCUAAGUGUGUAGAUAAACGAUACUUAAUAGAAGAUGGUGGAUUUGUAAUCAUUUUAUUAUUAUUAUAGAAUGGAUUAUUUAAUGAAAUUUAACUUAUGUAAAAGAUGAAUCAUCCUAAAAUAAUUCAUUUAGAAGAACUUUAUGAAGGGGAAAAUACAUUUUAUUUGCUUUUAGAAUAUUUAUAAGGUUAAAGUCUUCAUGAAUCAUUUAAUAAGAGAUAAGUGUUAUUUGAAUAGGAAUAAAUAUAAACUAUUAUGUUUGUAAAAUUAUUUUAAUAAUUUUAGCAAUUAUUGACAGCUGUUUAAUAUAUGCAUUCUUUAGGAAUUAUGCAUAGAGAUUUAAAACCUGAAAAUAUCAUGUUUAAACAUUAAAAUGCUUAUGAUGAAUUAAAAAUAGUUGAUUUUGGAUUGGCAACAUCUAUUUAUGCUGAAACAUAUCCAUAUCCGAAAUGUGGAACUCCAGGUUAUGUUGCUCCUGAAAUUGCUAAUCUAAAAGAUUUAAAUUAAAAAUACGAUUUGAUAUGUGAUCUAUUUAGUGUUGGUUGUAUCUUUUAUAAAUUGUAAAUAUAUUUUAAUUUUUAGAUUGACAGGCAAAGAAUUAUUUCCUGGAACAGAUUACUAAGAAAUUUUAAAAUUAAAUAAAAAAUGUUAAAUAAACUAUGACCUUCUUACUUUAUAUAGAGUACCAAAAGAAGCCAUUGAAUUAAUUGCAUUGUUAUUAAAGUUUAAUCCUAAAGAAAGAAUAUCUGCUUAAGCUGCAUUAGAACACAAUUAUUUUUAAUUAAAAUUUUAAACAAAAAGAGGCAAAUUUUAAUAAAAUAAUAAUAAAUACACACCAGUCUUUUAAACUCAAAACUUUAAUCCUAAGGAUAAUCAUUAAAAACAAAAUUUUCAUAUAGAAGAUGAUAUAGUUGAAGAUGAAAAUGCUCAUUCUUUGAAAGUUCCUGUUAUGUAAAAUAUGAAAAUAUUUGGUUAAUUUGUUUGUAAAAUCAAACCAUAAAUAACACCUACUUUAGCAAGAAGAAACUUUAAAAAAUUUUAAACUUCAGACUUUAAUUCUACAUUAUCCCCUAAUUCACCUAAUCCAUAACUAAAUGAACAUAAACCAUCUUUAAUUAUUAAUGCUUAAACUUAAGAAUUAAUUAAUGAUAUUCAAACAAAAAAUGACCAUCAAAUUAAUUAAAUGGGUUAAAUAGAUGAAGUACAAGAAGAAUAAUUAUAAUAAAAUAUGUGA